GAAAGCUUCCAUCUGCGUAAAUGGGCGGUGCCUCUGGCCCGGCUAGGGGGCCAGGCUUCCAACGGCGCGUGCGCAGCGGCUCGGAGGAGGCGGGGUCGCUGGGGCUGGCGUCGGGGAACGUACAGAUACCCCUUCGCGAUCCCAGCGGUGCUGCUGUUCUCCCCGCCGCCGUUGUUCUCGGGAGCUGCCUCCGUUCCUCCACGCGCUGCCUCGGACGGACCAGCUCCGCGCUCGCCGUCGCCCCGUUCCGCCGCCAUGUCGUCCCCUCAGGACUUGUCUCACCACAACAACAACAACAACCUGCCGCCCGAGGGGACGCCCACCGAGCCAGGCCUCAACAGUUCCUGGGUAGAACUGCAGAUGAAUGGGAAUGGGAAUGACAACGACAACAGCAAUGCAAAAAAUGGGGGUCUAGAACAUGUUCCUUCUUCAUCUUCCAUCCACAAUGGAGAUAUGGAGAAAAUACUUCUCGAUGCUCAGCAUGAGUCUGGACAAAACAGUUCACGGGGUAGUUCUCAUUGUGACAGUCCUUCUCCACAAGAAGAUGGACAGAUAAUGUUUGAUGUGGAAAUGCAUACAAGUAAAGACAAUAGUUCUCAGGAAAUACUAAGAGGAACAAUUGAACUGAAUGAAUUACAGAACUUAUCCAUUAUGUAUUUUCAGUCUGAAGAGGAAACAGUAGAAGGCGAAAAGGAAGAGGAUGUUUUGAAGAAAAGUGCUGACUGGGUAUCAGAUUGGUCAAGUAGACCAGAAAAUAUUCCUCCCAAGGAGUUUCACUUCAGACAUCCUAAGCGAGCAGUGUCUUUAAGUAUGAGAAAGAGUGGAGCUAUGAAAAAAGGUGGCAUUUUCUCAGCUGAAUUUCUUAAGGUUUUCAUUCCAUCUCUCUUCAUAUCUCAUGUUUUGGCUUUGGGACUAGGGAGGCAAAAACUUCACAGACAUCAAAAAAGAAUUAGAAUUUUAUUCCUCAGCAAGUUUGAAUACCAAGUACCUGUCUUUAGGUUGUGUUUCCAUGAAGUAAUGAAUUUAUUUCUGAUAGCAUUGGCCAACAUUUAGGUUUUUUAAAACUAUUUCAUUAUUUGCAUGUGAAGAAAUUUCUAGUAUUCUUCAGCUUUUUAUUUAAUGGAAGUCUUCCUUUCAAAGUAGUUUGACUUGAAGUAUUUAGACUCCAUGUAAAAUAUCUGUAUCUUACUUGGGAACAGUCUUGCUGUUCUGUUUUUUUUUUUUUUUUUUAAGGCACCAUGUUUUGAGCUGUCUUCUGUGUUUGAGUUCCAUUUCUUCUAUUUUCAUGGUUUGAAUCUCUCAUUUGCAAUUGCUGAAAUCCUAAAGAUUUUGGUUUCAGAUCUUCAUUACAGUCAUAAUUAGCAUAAAAGACUUUGGUAAUAGCUUAGAAAUCUUACUAAGGGGAAUAUUUUGCAUUGUUUGGCUUCAGAUACACUUCUUUUUCCCAACUGUGAAGCUUAAUUCAAAUUUUUAAAGUUGAUAUAGACUAAUAUUCCUAAAUAGAUUCAUUUUGAUGUUUAAGCUUUAUAGCGUCAUUUUGAAAGCUUUCCUUCAAAUUGACCUCUGUAUUUCAUGGAGUUUGCUUGGUUGAAUAUAGAAAUAGCUUGCUAUUGUCUUCUCCCACAAAGUUUUUUGCCUUCCUCAUUAUUCAACUGCUCUUUGUAGUUCCCCCACACAGAAGUACUAACCUUGCCCAUUUAGUGUUCUAUGCCAGACUAGGUUAUCCAGGUGCUGUUUUUGUGUGGGUGUAUGUCUGUGUGUGUGUAUGUGUUUGUGGUACCUGCUGAGAUUUUUUUUUCCUGCUCACGCAUGUGCUCUGCAUGUUAAUCAUAGCAGGAGGUAGCACCUGGAUGACUGGACCUAGGCUUGGAAGAUAAGCAAAGUUGGGUCUGAUGUGUAUUUAGAGGGGAAACCACAAAGCAAUGCAAAGAUUGCAGACUAGACUUAGGAACUCAAUAAAAACUAGAAGAGGCUACCAAUAGGUUAGUUCCAUAUUUGUUGCCAAGAAAGCCACAAGGGCUGGUCGAGGAUGUCCAUCAGCAAGUAAGCUUAAUUUGAAGAAGGCUUCACAUGCUACGUAUUGAGGUAAGCAUGGCUGAUUUUAAAACUGGCAGAAAUCAGUAGAUUCUGUGAUAUUAUUAGACUGACAAUAAAGCAUAUACAAAAUCUUAAGAGAUGAUAGACUUCUGAAAACGUAAUAGUGCAAGAACAAUAGGUAGUACCGCUGAAAUAAGUGAAAUGUGUGAAGUGGAGAGGAUUUUCAUGAUAUCUAUUCCUAAAAUACCUUUGUUUCAGCCUGGUUUUUCUAUAAUUUACUGGAAAUCUCAAUCUUUCUCUCUCUCCCCCUUCCAUCCACUAAGUUACACAUAUUCUUGAAAACCUGUGAAAGGUUUUAUGCCCUUUCAGCUUUGAAUAGUAGCACUUGUAUUACUUGCAAUUAUGUAUUUAUUUCCUGUGUGGAUAUUGGAAUAAUUUUGAGGUGAUUAAAUAGAAUAAGGAUUCUUUAAAAACCAAGCGUAAAAGUCCAGAGCACUUUUCAAAACCAAUUAUUUUAUUGCAUUUUGUCGUAAUUGGAUCAUAACAUCUGUAUGAAAUUUGGACCAUGUUUAUUAAAAAGCGGGGGGGGAGGGGAGGAAAGCUGUCCAAAAUACAUUAUAACUGAUCUGCAGGAUGCUAUUUGAUCAGCUAGAAGGCCUGUAUGCUUGUGAAUCAGUACUUUCAAUAUUAUUUAGGCAUCUGUGGGAUUAAAACUGAUGGAAAAACAUCAUUGGCAUUUAUGUACCUGAUCACUGUUGAGCUUGUUGCCACUGCAGUGUUCCAAAGCAGUAUUUAUUACUAACUGAUUAGAAGCUUGAGAUAUCCUAACUUUUUAUAUUACAAAAUGGACCAGUUUGUUAAAAUUUGAAAGAGAUAUCAGUUGUAAUGCUUUGUUUAAGUUAAACAUUAUUAAGUAGCUUUAUACUUGUUUACAGUUUGAGGGGAAAUACAGGCCUCAUUUUUCAAACAAUGAAUGAAAUAUGGGAUGCGACAUUUGUACAUAGGAUCAAGCAGAAAUGCAUAAGCUUGCACAUUAGAAAAAAGCAGCAGGCUGAACUGCAACACUAAACAAAGCAAACAAAUUCAACUAUUUACUGUUUUUAAGAAGUGAGAACUGAAAACUAAGAAAUCGCUUUUUAAAAACAACAACAACAAUGAAAGACAGAUUGCUGAAGUUAUUGAGUUAAAUGAGCCAAAGUGAUUAUGCAUUCUUCAUCUUUAGUUAGCACUUUGUAACAUGAUAAUAUACAGUUUACAUGUAUAAGGUGUAGCUAUAAAAUUUUGUGCCAUUAAAGCUGUCACAAAACUGAA